UUUUUUUUCCUUGUUCUAUUCUGCUUUCAUUUUACCUUUUCUCUUGUAUUUUUUUGGUUACCGUCUGCGAGAGUAUAUAGAGCGUAUGAGGCGCGAAGCAGCAGUGAGCAAAGGCGAACGGUGUGCACGUGCACACAGAAGUCUCUCAACGCCUGCUUGACGCCAAUAUGCCCCACAACAACAACAACAUCAGCAAUAGCAGCAGCUGCGGCUGCGGCCGCAGGGACACCGCAAUGUAGUCUCAUAGGUUCAGCGACCCCCCGUUGUGUGCAACAGCGCACCUUGGAGGGGGUGCACCAUACGGCCACCGCUACUGGAGCUUCUGCUGCUGGGGAAGCCAGCGACUGCACUCCGGGCGUGGCCUUCUUUUGGUUUCUCUCUUUCGCCCUGUGA